CAGAAUCCCAUUGAGUGAGGAUCUACUCAAUGCUCGAAUGGUCAUGGAGGCGAAGCUACCUAAUUUGCCAAAGGACAGUGAGGAUGUUGAGAUUGAUUAUGAUGCCCAAUUCAAUGACCGUGAUGUUCGUAACGGUAUCGUGACAUGUGCGGCGCUCUCCCUUGAUGGUCACCAUGUAGCUCUUGGUUUUGGUAGCGGUGUCAUCGAGCUUGCCAAUAUUGACCAUCAGUGCACGAUUUCCCGAUUCCAGCUCGAUCGAUCCAACCAUCCAGUCUGGAUCGAAUUUGUCCAUGGCAGCCACCGAGUUGCUGUCGAGGACAAUGAGGGGAACGUCACCAUCCUUAGCCACGAUAUGGCCCCUGUUAAUAUUGGUACUCUUCCCAACAAUCCUCUUCCUGCUGUAACUCGAGUAUCAGAUAAUGGAUUAUUUAUCAUACGGGUUCCACAGAACACUGAUAGAUCUUGGUACGACAGCAUGACUCUCAUAUCCAUUUCGGGUGACCUGCACAUGCAGCACCUUGCACCUCCUUCUUCCAAUAAUUUCACUCCAACUUCCAACCCUCCUAUCCAUUCAUCCGCUGCCGGAAGAACCCCGCUUUUCGGAACUGUUGGCCCCGCUGGGCUACCAGUGUUCUUCGAUGGCAAAUUAGAAUUCAUUAUUCCCAAGGAGUAUUGCCCAGUUGUCUUUUCUGGUGCCGAAGGUUCAGGCGUUUGGUAUGGUGAACGAGUGCCAUCUGAUCCUACCUAUCUGUACAGCCCUCGGUCCAGCAAAGAUGGGACUCGAAUUCUCUCCCAAGGCCGACAGACAGCUCCAAUUGUCGUUGAUCUUAGUCAGGUCCUUUAGGAUAUUUGUGGUCAAUUGCAAUAUCUUCCUAUUUACCUUCCGUGUUCUGUCCACUAUCAGAGGGGGAAUUGCGAAGUUUCGCUAGGUCGCCCUUCCAUCUUUCUGGACUUCCCUCGGACGAGGUUCCCUUUCCCUAUGGUGCAGUGUGUAUAAAUACGGGCUUGGAGACUUCAACGGAUCUAUGACCAUUCCUUCCUUGCACUGUCGUUUAGUCCCGGGUUGGACAACAUGAAUGCUCAUCAGCGUUUGCAAUCAUAGACUUUUUGAUUUCGCGCUUUCCAUAGUUCCUUAAUUCACUUUCACUCUGCAUCAGAAGAAUGAAGGUAUCUAUCUAUCUGUCCAUUUGAGCCAACCUGCACCGCUAAAAGGCUUGGCCGAAACGGAUCACUUUGAACGUAUUAAAAAAAUCGGUAUUUCUUUUGCCAAUUUCCACCGUUUUGCCCGGCGUUCAUCCAUAAUGUGACAAAGAACCA